UAUUAAAUGCACAAACAGAAACCGCCAGGUCCUCACGGCACUAAAAAUACUGUGCCAUAUUAUGUCCUAUCAUGCUCUAGCACACCAUCGUUCUACCCGUGUAAUGGGAAACCUCAAACGCCCCUUUGAACAAUAGGCUAACGUCGCUCAUCAACUACAGAACAAAUCAAUCAAUCAAUCAUUAAAUCUAAAUUAUUACAUAAAUAGGCGUCAAAUGGCUUGAGAGCAGGCAGAGAGAGUUUGCCGGGGGUGAAACGCAAUUCUAUCAACUCGAUUGCGUGUAAACAUUGUCACUCAUGAUCGUAAAACUUUCAAAGUGUAUCACUUCUUCGUGUGCGUGUUAAUUAAUACUGAAUUCAAGCUCGACUCGGCUAGGCACCCGGCAGGGGAGCAGAUUACCUUCCCCCUCUCCACCCUCUCCACACCCUCUCGGAAGUUUACCUAUCGUCAGGGGCGUACCUCUGACGAGCGAAGACUUUGCGCGGCUGUCAAACAUGGCGGUUUGAGUGGCUUGCAUUUGGUUUUCAGUCCUUUUUUUAAAUAAACGGUAAAGCCAGUGAGAUCCCGCAUUUAAUUCUUACACAGCCUUUUCGCUCUAUCUUCUUUUAAACUAUCGAGAUUGAUAAGCUUACCAUAAAAUCCAUACUACAGUCAUCACUAAAAAGUACUUCAUCCAGGAUCCAAGUAACAAUUCAUUUCCCCUUUUUCUUUGAUGUGUGAAGCAUCCCGAUGCGGCAAAAAUCAUUUCAAGUCAUUUCCUCAACCUGUUCAGAAGCCCCAAUUAUGAGGUGCAACAUAUAUACACCCACCCUAAGUUAGAUGUACAAUGUACAGUUCUGUAAACGUACUAUGCAAUAUCAAAAUCAGAGAAGCUUUUUUUCUUAUCACCUAUGUGAAAAUAUACGGUGCUAGUAUAAAAAUAACAUUCAAACGAGACAGCCAUUUCACCGCAACUCACACCACACAUGAUUUUACGACGAGUUUUAAAUCCAUUUUUAUCAUUUUGUAGGAGCGCUUAAAAAGGCGAUCAACAUCUAAGUUAAAUAUUCCAGUUCUUAAGAGUAUUUUGAUUGACUAUUUUCCCACUGUGUAAAGCACAUUUUCCUCCAUUGUUUUACAGAUCGAAGUCUCGUGAUUAUGCCUUUGUAAAAGGGAAGGCAUUGAAUAAACAUUCCUCUUGAAAGUAAGAGCGUCGAUGGCAACCCUGUCACACAGCCUUUCUUAUUUGCAUCGGGUAUUUACGUUGACGAAAUGUUUACCAUUUUAGCAUUGACUUGGGCGAAAACAAAUAUUAAUCCCUCGAAAUUUCCAUCCCUCAUGGCUGCCUGCCGGAUGUAGUUUUCUAUAUAAACAGUAAAUUACCGGAGACGUUUGGUAAAUUUGGCUUGUUUUAAGUUUGAAAGAGCCGCUCUUGAUCAAUUUAAUGGCAACUGAGGAACUAUAGAAAGGGCAUUACAACGGAGAGGCUCUAGAAUUUCGCUCACUUGAACCGAAAGAAUCGAUUUAAUUCAGGUGAAUGAAUGCCGAAAUAGGUUGAUACGCAACCACUUUAAAAGUACCCUCCUGGUAAAGAUGGCUUAAACCAAUAGCCAUAAUGGUGAGAACAGCAGAAAAACAGCACAAGAAUUGAAACAACUGAUUUAAAAAUCCACCCUGAAUUAGAAAUGGCGAGUGGCAGCGAUUCUCCAUCAUCUCAACGAAGCUUAACAAUGGAGGCAUUCUCUGAUGAGGACGAAGAAGACAAACAACCUCUCCAAGACAAACAUUGCGUGUCAUAUCUGGAGGAAACUAAAGCGCCUAGCAAAACAUUUCUGCCUCAGAAAUUUCGCAAAAAAUGGAGUCGUGCAGCUUUUAUGGCUUCCAUUGCUUCAUUAUUCGUCACUGUUAUAUUCAGUGUACUCUCGUUCGUGGCUUCCAAAAGCACUGAAAGUUCAUCCAUUUUUGCCAGCGCAUUAGAUGGGAUUAUGGGGGCUUUCAACUCUCUGGCCGUGGCAUGGAGAUUUCGAGAUGCGUCCAAUGGUGAAGUUGCACCAAAGCGAGAGAAAAUCGCCGCAUUUGGAAUCGCAGUAACUUUCAUGUUGAGUGGAAGCGCAACCACUUCAAUUGCUAUUCUACAUCUUAUGGCAAAAGACUACCCUGAGAAACCCGCCGAACUUAUUGCUAUUCUAGCUUCCAGUUUCACAUGUUAUUUCUUUCUUGCUCUCGUUCAGGACUGCAUCGCCAAGAAACUCGAGAGUAUCUCAUUAAAAGCAUUCGCUAUCGAUUCAUGGCUUGCGGCAGGCAUGUCACUGGGAGUGCUGUUUUCUACGUUCAUCUACAGGCAAGUCGGAAAAAGCGUUUGGAUGUUGGAUCAUUCAGUGGCGGUAUUUAUUGGUUUUAUAUCCGUCAUAUAUGGCAUCCAUCUAAUAGUCCAAAUAGCAUUUUGCACGAAACACCCAAAACUUUGUUGAAGAGUGAGAAACCGAGUUUUUUUCCAAAGGUUACUUUUUCAGUGGCCCCCUUUUUUUCCUUAUGUGUCAAUGAAAUGUGAUGGGAAAUCGCUCCUUUUUGUGGUAAAUUGUGAUUUCGCGUAAACCUUACAUCCAGAUACCUAAUUAAAAUAACCAAUGUGAAGUAUCUUGUUCUUUUGACGAGAACAGAGGGGGUGACUGCGUUCGCAGGCCUCCGAGUUCAGCUGGUCAAUAGAAAGGACUGUUUUGUUUAUUUUCGCGCUAUCAAAUUCUUGAAUUAAAUCAACAUGCUAGUUACUCAUUCUAUAAAAUGAGAGUUGCAAAAGUAUUUCAAGGUUAAUUGUUGUGUUUACAGCAUCGUCGCUCAAAAAAAAGAAUGAAAAGUUAAAAGUACCGUAGUUUUAUUGUUGCAAUUAUGUCUUUCUUGCUUCCAUGGCUUGCUAAGGAUGCAAAUCAGGUCUUAUCAUGUAUCGUAUAUGCACAAUAAAUAACGUGUAUUUCUUUGAUCUGAGAUGUUUGUGGACAAGCGAUUCGAAAUAAAUGGUUAGAAUUGA